AUGAGGGACCUUGAAUAUCAUGUGAAGGAAACGGACUCUGACAUCCCAGUGGUUCUUUAUGAUGUGUGGGAGAGCAGAAUGCUUAACCGCGAGGCUGUGGAUACCGCCAGCUGGUGGGGGCCCGGGAGGCUACGGGGCAGCUCUGGGGCGGCGGCGGCCCAGCUCAGGUGCUCGGAGCUCGGACGGCCGCAGUGCGGAGUCACCCGGCGAGCUCAAGUGUCGCUGCGCCAGCGCGCACGGGGCCCCGCGCACCCAACCUCCGCACCUGCCGCGGGGUCCAAAAGGGAUCCUGCAAAAAUGAGCCAUUCUCACCCGGCUGGAUUGCUGGCAGCAUAUAAUAGUCUUACCGAUAAACACCUGACUGGAUAUUUCAACAACACAAGGAUAAGGCGGCAUCUUUUAAGAUCAGGCCUGAUCACAAGAAGUGGAAGGAUACUUUCUGAAAAAGAAUACAAACUAAAUAUCAUGAAGAAGGAUCACCAAAAAUAUAUCCGGGAGUGCCUAGCUCAGGCUAUUUUCCAUAAAGUUCUUGAUAUGGAGCGUUAUCAUCAGCUUGAAAUAAAAAGAAAACUGGAGACCUUAGCUAGGAAGGAGCGAAUUCAGAGAUUUAAGGGAGACCCCACAAGAUGGUCUAUAGAAAAUAACAUGCCAGUCCUGUCUCCCCACCCCCCAGCUGGCCCGAAAACUAACCGUGGCCAUAGUGUCCUGGUUGAUGAAGGACAUUCCAGUCCAGGAACACUGACAGCCCCUCGACCAUACACUGCCCCAGGAAAUAUGCAGCCUCCAAUUCGAUUAAAGCCUCUUCCCAGUAAUCCUGUGGUGGGAACUGUUCCAAAGAUAACUUCGGGAUCCAGAUCGAAAACCUCAUUGCUGGAAAAUGAAGCUCCAUUUCCCAUUGGGGGCAAGAAGGCAGUGAUGAAGUUCAAGAACUCCAUGGACAAUUCACAGAGAGUGAAUCGCUAUCAACUUCCAAACAUUAACAAUUACAUGAUGCCUAUUCCUCCUCCACCUCCUCCCCCCAGUGGAAGAAUCACGAGGGAAAAUAGACUUGAAUCAUGGAGAAGGAGAAGAUUCCGUCCAACCACUGCUCCAAAUGGCUUAGAUCCUCUCUUUACCAGGGAUUCAAGAAAGAUUCAUAAAACACCACCACAUAGUAAUGCAGCUAUUACAAUGAUCUAUUUGGGGAAAACUGUGCACCUGUCUCAUGACCACCCAGACUUCCGGGAUGAAAUAAAAGUUUAUCAACAGCAUUGUGGUGGGGAAAACCUUUGUGUCUACAAAGGCAAACUACUAGAAAAAGAGACCUUUCAGUUUAUUUCCAAAAGGCACCAUGGUUUCCCCUUCAGUCUCACCUUUUUCCUGAAUGGGAUGCAGGUGAACAGGUUAAGCUCCUGCUGUGAAUAUAAGCAUCGGAAAGGUUCCAGACUUGGAGGCAAACGAGGCUACUUUGGGUUUGUGUGCGUGGAGAGAUCAUCUCCUUGCUACAAGUGCAUUAUUGCAAUGGGCCUUGACAAAAAUCCAACUUCACCAAAACCUAGGAAAGAGAAGAGUAUUGAGAAAAGAGAAGAACUGAAGAAGGGUGAGGGGAAACUGAGGAAGGGUAGAGGGCACAUGAUACCAAGAAGGAGUGAGAUGGAGGGGAACAAAACCACUUCAGUCAUUUUUUCAGCUCAAGAAGAAAAAACAGGGAUUGUGGAAGUGAGGACAGCUGUGGAAGAAAUGGAACUUAAAGGAAAACCGGGACAAGAUGUUUGGGAGGAUGCCCAGGAAAAUAUAUUUAAAUAUGAAUAUGAAGAAGAUUUUGAAGUAGACGAGGAGAAACAAGAUGAGAAAGCUAAUGAAGAAGGACAGGCUGAUGACCAAAUGACUAGGAUGUCAAAGUCACCCUCAGAUGAUGAAAAAGACCAUUUAGACCCGGAAAAGGAGAGUGAAACCUCGUCGCAAAAGGCAGCAGAUGCUGACGACAAUGUAAAAGAUGAAGGUGAUGGGUGCUCUGACAGUGAGUUGGAGGAGGAUAAACAAGGUAUAAAGACUGCUUCAUCCUCCUCCUCCAGAAGUCACCCAUGUUCUAGUUGCAGUGAUGAGUCUGCCCUGGGAGAUAGAGGAGCCCACACUGGAAACAGUCCGAACAGAAGGGCCAGGAGUUCAUCUUCCCAGGAGCUGAGUGAAAGUGAUGAGCCAGGAAAAUCCCAGCUUCCAAUGGAGGAUUAUUUAGAAGUUGAAAUUGAAGACCAAGAAAUCGUAACAACGGAUGUAGAGACCAAGCCUCUGCCCAUAGAGGAACACUUGGAGAAUGUUCUUGAAGAAGAAACGGAGAAAGGAACACAAGUGAUUGCUGAGGGCUUGGCUGAGAAGUCCAGGGAACAUCUUUCCACAGAAGAAAAAGAAAAGGAUAAGAGUGAGCUUUGGGAAGGAAGCACUGCUAAGGUGGAGGACAAAAAGGCAGGUCCCCGUAGGGUGGAAAAAGAUGUUGGACAGACGGUCGCUGAGGCUGUGGAAACUGGCAGCCACUGGCACUAUGACACCGAGUCUGGUGUUAGCAGCACAGACGAGGAGAAGCACUCGAGGAAGCUGGAGAAUGACACAGGUGCAGCACCACACAGGAAUUUCAUGUUGGAGGAAAUGGCAACACUCAGCUCAGACACAGAAUCCAACCAAGGUGUAUCAGACGUGUAUACACUGGAGAAGAAAGAGGCAGUGAAGGAAGGUGAACUUCCCCAGCACGGGGAUGCUGACACAAUGGAAGAGAAAGGGGAGGCAGCAAUGUGGGGAAAAGCAAGGGUUGACCAGGUUCCCUUGGGGGAGGGAAAGCCAACAGCAGAGCAGCCGGCAUUAAUAGAACAAUUUACAGAAGAAAGAGAGCUCCCUCAGGGCAGACCGAGUGGGGCUGAGGCAGAAGCUGAAGGGGAAGAGAAGUUAAGCCCCAGAGGGAUAGAAGCCACCAGAGACUCUGGAGGUGUGAAUGAAGAUGAGGCUCUUGAAGAGGCAGCCUUGUUGCCAACAGUGCUGGAGACCGAGAAGGCAGCUGCUGAGGGGGAGUGGGGCUCCCAGAAAACAGUGCUUGCAAGUGAAGCAGCUCUGGACUCAGAGUGUAUGCAGGAGGCCACAGCCCUCAGGGAGGCAGAGGAGAGAGAGGCUGAGAGAGCGGAGGCUGUGAAUGCAGCAGGGUCUGGAAAGCCUGAGGUGGUGACUAGGGAAGAGCAAGCAUCUGCAGACCUAGAGGACCUGGGAGCCGCGGGAGAUGCUGCUUCUGAGAGAGAAGGUGGUUCAGCAGAGGCAAUGCUUGGGGGAGAAGAACAGGCCGAAGAGAGGAAGGCAGCCAUGGGACCAGGGACACCCUUGAGCUCCUCAGCUUCAGAGAAGGCUGAGGCAGCCUGGAUGGGGCUUUCGGAGAACAGCCUGGAAGAUGUGGAAAGACAGGAGGUUGGGAUGGAGGUAGAAUCUAAUAAAGAAGAUGACAGGAAAGAAAUGCUACCCAGGGAAUUAGGUGUAGCAGAAGAAAGGAAGAAAGCUGAGAGGCCAGAAUCCCCUCUGGAGGAAACUGAAUCUGAGAGGGAAGAGGUGACAGGGGCAAAUGCAGGGCAGGGUGAGCAAAAGUUUAAAGGGGAACGGCAGGAAACCUCGAAGGAAGUGAGACCCGAGGAAGAGACACAAGUCUCCCAGAAUGAAAUGGAGUGUGAUGCAGAGGGUGAAGCCCCCAUCGUGGGGUUGGAGUUGACUGAAGACGUAGGGCUGCAAGGAGGAGAUUCACUAAGAGAGAUGAGGGGGACCAUGUUUGAGGGGGCACCUGGAUAUGAGGGGUCACUGGAAAACACAAGUGCUCUGAGCAAAGAGGAAGGAGGGGAAAGCCUGAGAGAACCCCAGGACCCAGAGCACAAAGGCAGAGCAGAGCUGCUCCCCAGGGAGAACGGGGCUCCCUGGGCACAGGACCAAGGGCCGGGCCCUGAGGGGAAGGGUGUGUUAGAAGCUCCUGAAACUGAACAAGCAGGAAAGGGGCAAGCGCCAGAGGCAGAGAUCACAGCCACGGGUGAGGCUCAGGAGCACGCAGCCGAAGAUCAAGAUAGCCUCUUGCGACUGGGAGCGGGGGAUGAAGAAGGAUCUUUGCAAAGGCAGCAAGGAGCAGGGGUCACAGCGAUGACCCAAGAAGAUGUUUCUGAGGAAGAUUCCAUGAUGGCACAAAAGCUGAGUGAAGAAGCUAUGGAUGAGGAGGCAGAUAAAGAGUGCGUUCCGGUGACAGGAGUGAGGAGGCACGGGGACACAGAGGGGGAUGGGAGCUGGCAAGUUGGAGCUGUGGUGGCUGAGGAAGUUCUCCACCAAGAAGACGACGGGGCAGGAACGGCUGCAGAGCAGAGGGAGGUGUUGGCAGAUUUGAAGACAGCUGAGGGGAAAACAGAGGCAAAUAAAGCCUCCUCCCUGUCAGAUGUUGCUGGCAAGGAAACUUGGCACGAAGUGGAGGGGUUACUAGGGAAACCGACAGCUGCUGAGAAGGUGGUGGCAGAGGAAAGAGCUCCGAGCAGGGAGGAGGUGCCGGGGACUUGGGUACCAGAGGCUGAGGUGGGGGCUCCACAAGAACCUUCAGACCGGGGAGGGAAGACCCCACAGCUAGGGCAGGAUCCAGAGGGCCUGGGAGUCGAAACCAUGCAGCGGGCAGAGUCCAUGGGAGAGGAGGCUGGCCAGGGGAGCUGUGAAGACGGGCAAGAGUUGGGUGCAGCUCAAGAAUUCAGCCCAGGAGUGUCCCGAGGGAGAGAGUCAGAGCCUAGGAGAGAGAGUCUACAGGGCCUGCAAACGCUCCCUGUAAAACCUGAUUACACGGAAAGCCAAGAGAGCCAAGAGCUUACAGUGCAGAGAGAAAAGGAGAACGUGCAAAUGCAGAUGCCUCCUUGAACAACAUGAAGGCCUAAGAGACUUUGGGGCAGAAGGAUGUUUGAAAGAUGUAUUCUGGAAGACUUAAGACUGGAGAAAGAUUCACCCAAGCAUCUCACUUCGACUUUAGAUUUUUACCUCUUUUUUUUUUUUUUUUUUUUAAAUCAUUUUGCUUGUCGAAGCCGGUUCGCAGUCCAGCAGUGUUGGUCAGUAGCACAGAAAACACCUUAAAAUUAACUGGAUCCUUCUGUAGGACCCUCCUUAGGGGCCGCAGUUUCUAAUGGAAGACUGUGAGGCUGUUAUGUAUUCAACAUAACUAACGUGUCUCUAUUCAAAUCCAAUUGAUAGCUUUUAAAUGUUUGAUUUUUACCAAAGAUCACCUGAAUGGCUCAGUCCUCACAUCUGGGGUUUGUUUAAACUCCUUUUUAUUUAUAAUCAAAUAUUAGUUCCGGUUUCAUACAUUAGAGUUUUAUUUAAAGUCUGUGGCUUGGGGCUUUAAUGACUUGGUUUGUGAAAAUGAGCUCUAAAGGUCCUUCGUGUACACUCAGUACUAAAAAUUGCUCCAGCCCUGUAAAUCCUUCCAGAAAGGGAUUCUAUGGCAUGUUGAUUUACUACACUUAUUUAUUCAUCUUAUUUAUGCUAGAAGAGUAAAGUGGCAAUCUUAUUUCAAAUGCCCUUUUUUGUUUUUUUGUUUGUUUGUUUGUGUUUCUGUGGUUUUGCUUUCUGAGGUAGACUUAACUGCUGGUAGCAUUUUGUCCCUGGGGGCCUUAUUUAUAGGUCCAUUCAAAUGUAAAUUGGAGUAGUAAAUAAUUAAGCUGACUGAAAUGAGUAACAAUAAUUAUAGCAGGUAAACAUGGCACAUCAGUACACACACCAACAUUCUAGACUUUGGAUUCUUUGGUUGAUGUCAUUUGAUGGAAAAGAAACUUGGAUUAAAUUAGUGUGCUGCUCACCUGCCCGAGUUCUGUUAUUUCAAACCUGUGAACUAACCUCGCAGGGCAUUGUAAAUCAACAGUCAGAAUCACUUUCUAAAUUACCCCUUGAUAUUACUAGAAAUAGUUGUGCAUCCGUGUGCCUACUAGGGAUUAUGAUUCCUUGAAGAUGCCUUUGUUCCUAUACCAGUACCCUAAAGUCACAUAUGUUUGGCCAUGUUUUCUCCCAUGAGGAGAUGAACAAAAUCUCCUAAAGCAGAGAUUCUCCAGCUGGACUACACAUUAGACUUGUGUGGAGCACUUUCAUGAAUGAUUCAACCCCUGGCCCCCUCCCCUAGAGAUGUGGGUUUAAUUACUUUUAGAUGUUAUAGGCAUCAGGUGUUUUGUUUCUUGGGUUUUGUUUUUUGUUUUUGUUUUUGUUUUUAAUUCAGUUGAUUCUACUCUACUACUAUUCUAUUCUACUACUACUAUUAUGUAGCUAAAAUUGAGGACUGGUGCCUUAAAUCAUACAAUCUAUGCAGACUGCCCUACACUCUAUGUCCCUAGGGAGCAGGCAUGUUGUCUUUUUAGGUAUGUUUCAUUUUAAUAAAGGAGCCCUUGAUCAAAGAUAUAACAGACCUGUGGUUCUCAAAAAUGUGGUCCCUUGAUGAGGAUAUCAGCAUCACCUGGAACUGUUCCAAAAAUACUAAUUCCCGCCCUCCUCUCACACCUAUUAAAUUGGAAACGCUGUGGCUGGGGCCUUGAAGUGGGUGUUUAAUAAGCUCUCCAGGUAAUUCUCAUGGACUCUAAAGUCUGGAACUGCUGUUGUGGACUCUGGAUUGUACUGAGGAUUAAUCUCAGGAGGAAAAUGGACUGCAAAAGCAUUGUGAACUUUCUCUGCCUCUUUCGUUUUCUGUGCCUCUGUUUUUCUCCUUUUCUCUAGGAAAGGGUACUCACUAUAAAAGUGAUGGAUUCAACUUGAAGCUUAUUUUUAUUAUGACCGUAAUGAUGUGUUUAUGACAUCUUCCAGCCCCACCCCCCCACCAAGGAUGAGUGCCUCUCACAGCGCACCACAGAUCGCCAUGGUCUGUCUUAGGAUUAAUGAGUGGGUUUCAUCUACAGUAUAUCCGAUUUCAUUUAUUACUGAGCUGCGUUACUGAGGAACUCUCCAGUGUUUGUUUCCUAAUCUCAACCUCAAUGCUACAGAGCACUUUGAAUACAUAGCACCUUAUAAGAAAGAUUGUAAACUUGUUAAUUCUAUUGAAGAAUGACUUUUGUACAAUGUGCUAAAUGGAAAUUGCAUUGAAUUAUUUUUAUAUUUAACACAUUCGAUCAAAACAUUCUGUAACAUAAUCCUACAAUCUGCAUGUGGGUUUAAGUGUGAAAUUCAGUGUUGUGAUAUUUCGAUUAAAUGAAUUUCUUUCUCUGCAAAUACUAUGUUGAUGAAACUAUUUGUAUGUUCAGCUGAACUAAUUUUCCCCUCUAGUUUCAUUAUUAAAAGCAUAAAAAAACUAUACAUUUACAAAUAAGACAUGUGAAUGAUUCUUUAAAAAUAAGACUAGACUUUGAGAUAUCUUCUUUGUCCUUUCCUUAUGAAUUUAAACUCUAUAAAGCAGAGAAAAUUUGUUUCAUUGGGUUGUUUAUAUUGACUGUCUGAAAACAUGUCUGCAUUCAUACAUGUCUUUCCCAUACGUGGGGUAAUGUCAGAGGAAAGUUAUUACC